AUGCCGCUUGUCGUUCCGGAGGUCUACAAGGCUGCAAUUUUGACUUUUUUUGGCGCGGGAACUGCGCAGUGCGUGAUUCUCGUGCGAGACGCGCAAGCCCGUGACAACCACGACAAGAAUUGGCAAUUCCCACGCACCAAGAUGCUGUAGCCUCCGCUUCCCCGACCCCGACAGACGACCUUCACUCUCGUCACUGCGAUGUCGUCAACCACUAAAGCUUGAUUUCACGAUCGCACGUGCUCGCUACUCCUUCAUCAAUACGGAAUGGCAUCGUUGAUCGAGGACGAUGUGGCGGAACGGCUAAGUCAGCUGCUAGGGCUCGGCCAGCCGAACAAACUUUUGGCGAGCAGGGUCAUAGCCCUCGCUCGCAGCCUCCCCUCCGAGCAGGCAUUCGUCAGCGCUGCGCGCGGCUUCGGCAAAUUCGAGUUGGCAGACCUUGCGGAGCUUAGAGAGAGGAUCAGGAAGGCCCAUGUCGACCAUGAUGCGCAGGCUGUCGCUGCGAAUCUCGAUGGUCACUCUUCGGGCGCUCGGGAAGACACCGGCUCACGUUUGCAACCCGACGAGCCAAGAAGGGCUGGGCUGACUACAAGUAGCAGCGAGGUGAGUCAUGCGUUCAUUUAACGUGAGCGUCAGCUGAAGCUAAAAGAUGGAUCUGUGCUGUAGCGACACGUUUUCAAAGCUCCGGCAACACCACGAACGUCAAAGCUGGGUUUGGACAGGAUAGCAGCAGACAAACGCGCUGAAGCCCAAGUGAAGGGACCUAAUGGUACAAGUGGCGGCGAAGCUCGGAAGCGAGCACGUCUCGAUCCACCGAACUCCAACGACUCUCUUGCUCAGGGCUCCGAGACUCCCGUCCCUUCUUUCAAGGUCCCAGCACGGCCCACAGGCGGAUCCGGAGCUGCGCAGCAGCGCGUUCGACCUCAAGACACGCCUAGUCAUUCUGGAGGCAUCAGCUCUAGCGCACGCGAAGUACUGGAAGCCAGAAAAAGAAGCAGGGCUGAAGGAGUAUCUGCUGGCAACUCGAGAGACGCAGCAGCAAACAAGCAAGGCCAGCGUCUUGAAGACGAGCUGAGGGAUAAGCUCAACAGAAAUGUCCGUCAUCGUAGGGAACAGCCUGAUCUGCGCGAUCGGAGCAGACAUGGGUGGCGUGAGGACUCGAAUGGUGGCGCCAGCGGCGGAAAAGGCUGGGGAGGUGAUACACCAAGAACGAGUCAUGGAUCCAGCCGGGGGAAUUGGGAAGCAACUCCUCGCAGCUCUGCCCCUUUGCCCAACCGAUCGUGGGACUCAACGCCACGCAACGAUCACUCAUCCACUCCUCGCACGUCUCGAGGCUGGGAAGCUACACCGAGGCGCAACGGCAGGGAGGAAGACGAUGGACGAAUGACCCUGGCGGGAAGAGGGUGGGAAGCGGAUGGCGAAGAGUCAGCCGCUUUAGAUAGAGACUGGUACAGCAUGGACGAAGGUGGAGUUGCCGGCGAUGAAGAGACCAACGCUUUCAGCGCAUACGCCGAUCUGGAAGCAUCCGCUGCCGCUGCUGCUUCUGGAUCUGGAGGCGCCAAGAAGCAGACAGCAAGGCAGGCGGCUAGACAAGCGGAAGCUGAUAGGUGGGAAGAUGAUCGAUUGGCAGCGUCAGGCAUCGGUGGCAGACGAAGGGUAGAUUUGGACAACAUGGACGACGAGAGCGAGAACCGCGUCCAUCUGCUAGUACACGACCUUCGUCCGCCAUUCCUGGACGGCAAGACUGUCUUCACGCGCCAACUCGAGCCCGUGAACCCAGUCAGAGACCCGACCUCGGACCUCGCCGUCUUUAGCCGGAAAGGGUCGAAGCUGGUCAAGGAGAAGAGGGAGCAAAAGGAGAGAGCGAAAGCGGCAGCUAAGAUGGCGGCACUUGGGGGCACUGCCCUGGGGAAUGUGCUGGGCGUGAAGGAAGGCGAAGAAAGGGAUAGCGCUGGGAACAAGAUUCACGAGACGGGCGGUGUUGAGGAAGAUGCAGAAGGCUACAACCACCGGAGCGACAGUCAAUUCUCGAAACACCUCAAGAAGAGCGAUCAGGGGGCUAGCGCGUUCUCGCGCGGCAAGUCUCUCAAGGAGCAAAGGCAGUAUCUGCCCGCUUUUGCCUGCCGAGAAGAUCUGAUGAGGGUGCUCAGAGAAAACCAAGUCGUGAUAGUGGUGGGAGAAACGGGGAGCGGCAAGACGACUCAAGUGGCUCAAUUUCUGCACGAAGAAGGGUAUACGCGGCACGGCCUGAUCGGAUGUACUCAGCCCAGAAGAGUCGCUGCAAUGUCCGUGGCGAAGCGAGUGUCGGAAGAGAUGGAGGUGGAGCUCGGCGAUCUGGUCGGCUACUCGAUCAGGUUCGAGGACUGCACCUCGGAGAGAACGAAGAUCAAGUACAUGACCGAUGGCGUGCUGCUAAGAGAAAGCUUGAACGACCCCGAGCUGGGAAAAUACAGCGCCAUCAUCCUUGAUGAAGCUCACGAGCGCGGUCUGAGUACCGACAUCCUCAUGGGUUUGCUGAAGAAGAGUGAGUGCGGUGCCAAAGCAUAUCCCGAUGACACUGCUCGUUGACGACUCCAAGUGCCUCGUCAGUCUUGACACGAAGGAGAGACCUGAAGCUGAUUGUCACGUCUGCUACCAUGAAUGCCGACAAGGUGAGCAGCACUCGGUGUUCUUGGCAUUCAAGCCUUCUCAGCUGAUCUUGAGAUACGAUUACGUGCUGCGUAGUUCGCUCAAUUCUACGGCCAUGCUCCGAAUUUCACAAUUCCUGGACGUACCUUUCCAGUGGACGCCUUGUUCUCCAAGUCUCCUUGUGAAGACUACGUGGACUCAGCGGUCAAGCAGGUCUUAGCUGUGCACGUCGGAGGUGGCGUUGGAGACAUGCUUGUCUUCAUGACUGGUCAGGAGGAUAUUGAGGUGACUUGCGAUGUCAUCCAGGGUGAGUGUAGAAAUGCGGAAAGUAACGCUGGCGUAGGCAAGUUGCUGAUGGAGGAUCAUCACUCCUCCCAGAGCGGCUGUCGCAGUUAGACGAUGCCCCACCCCUUCUCGUCCUGCCGAUUUAUUCUCAGAUGCCAGCGGACUUGCAAGCCAAGAUCUUCAAUCCAGCACCUAACGGCGAGAGGAAAGUGAUUGUAGCUACGAAUGUUGCGGAGACUUCAUUGACGGUGGACGGUAUCAUGUACGUAGUCGACUGCGGCUACUCUAAGCUCAAAGUCUACAACCCACGCGUGGGCAUGGACAGUCUACAGAUCACACCUGUCAGUCAAGCGAAUGCGAAUCAAAGGUCGGGCAGAGCAGGCAGGACUGGGGCAGGUACAGCAUACAGACUGUACACCGAGAAUGCCUAUAGAAACGAGAUGUUUCCCAAUACGAUACCGGAAAUACAGCGGACCAAUCUUGCCAACACCGUGCUAUUGCUGAAGUCUCUCGGAGUGAAGAAUCUACUGGAGUUCGAUUUCAUGGAUCCUCCACCUCAGGACAACUUGCUUCAGUCUAUGUACUCUCUUUGGGUGAGUUGCCUGCCUGCACCCACAAUACGUUCCGUGAAUCAGUACUCACGCGUCAGUUCUCUACUUCGCAGGUACUUGGUGCUCUGGACAACAUCGGCGACCUGACGCCCGUUGGCAAGAAGAUGGUAAGCUCAAUCAACCCGCUUCCGCACGGCUCUAGCUGACACCUCAUGAAAACCCUGUUUCAGAGCGAGUUUCCGAUGGAGCCAUCACUCUCAAAGAUUCUCAUUGCCAGCGUCGAUUUCAAAUGCAGCGCGGAGCUGCUUACUAUCGUCAGCAUGCUUAGCGUGCCAUCCGUGUUUUAUAGACCCAAGGAAAGGCAAGAGGAGUCGGACGCUGCCAGAGAGAAGUUCUUUGUAUCGGAAUCCGACCACUUGACGCUCCUACAUUGUUACACUCAAUGGAGACUCAACGGAUAUAGAGAUUCUUGGUGCGCUCAACACUUUCUGCACGGAAAGAUCCUAAAGAAAGCCAGAGAGGUCGUGAGCGCAGAGUUUCACCGACGGCAGACUGGAUGCAAUGUGGCUCACAAACUCUUUGCUUUGACUCUCUGUGUGCAGCGCACUCAACUCGAGGACAUUAUGAAGACGCAAAGGCUCGAUGUUAUCUCUUGCGGUACAGACUGGGACACCGUUCGCAAAUGCAUCGUGACAGGAUUCUUCCAUCAAGCAGCUCGUGCGAAGGGGAUCGGCGAGUACGCUCACGCCCGGACCGGUAUGCCUCUACAGCUGUAAGUCUUCCGUUGCAAUCGGUGCCAAGUGAUUUGCUUCACAACCCUGACAUGUAUCGAUCGCCUCUUCCAGGCACCCAACUUCGAGCUUGAUAGGCGCUGGCGUCACGCCUCAGUUCUUGGUGUACCACGAAGUGAUCCAGACCAGCAAAACCUACAUGCACACGUGCACUGCCGUCGAGGCAGAGUGGCUGGCCGAACUGUAAGUGGUAGUGCUAUGAACUAUGAACGGCUUCUCGUCUUGUGCUGACGUUGCCACGAUUCUUCGGCUGUCUCGAUCGGCAGGGGCUCGGUCUUUUACUCCGUGCGACAGCAAGGAGAGAACAGAACAGGAGCACAAAGGCGCUUGGAAGCUCAGCAGUCUCUUUCCAAGCAGACAGAGCACGAGGCUGGGUUUGCAGCAGCCAGAGCGAAGGUCCUGGAAAGACAGCAGAUGGAAGCGAAGAAGGAAGCUUCGGCCACGCCGAGGAUGCAGAUCGCUACACCUGGCGGUGCGACACCUAGGAGGGGGCGACGCAUCGGAUUCUGA